UGGAGGGUUAGGUUCUAUACUACCAAAUUGGGGAUCUUGUAAAACGGCGUAGAAAUGCAAGUCCGUCGUCGUCGGGAAGGAGUAAUGUGUGAUUCAUUCAUUCGUGGUUUCUGCAAUAUCACUGAGUAAUGGCAUAAUGAAGUAAAAAUUCCCUAUGUAUGUUAAGAUGCAGUCCUUCUCUUACCCCGCAAUAAAAUAUAAUUUUGUCUCGACUGUCACCAGCAUUAAAUUUGAACUCUGACCCAAGUAGGGAGCUGAAUCCACCAUGUUGUAUGUCUUUAUGGUCAACACAGGUUCCAUGCUGACACUUGAUAUGGCAUUGACCAUGGAAAGUGUGCAGAGACUACAGGAGACCCUGGCUGCCGAGUACCAGCUGCCCAUCGACAAGCAGGUGUUGCUGAUCAGUGGAGGGCAGAGCCUGGACCCCCACAUCAGAGUCUGCAGCUACAGUGCUGGAACGGAUACCAAUCCCAUCUUCCUCUUUAGCAAGGGCACCAUCGAAUCGGCCAUGCCCCCGGUGACUUCCAGCAUGCUGCAGAGCAAAGAGGAGAAGCUCCGCCUACAGGUGGAGGGGCUGAAGAACCUGCCACACAGCUACAGCGCCGUGGUGGCCCGCACUCAACUCGCGCUGCAAUUCCACGAUCUUGCCAAGGAGAACCUGCGCCUAUGUGAGGGGCUCGUUCACGACCAGCACCUGCAACAGCAAGGCUGGAUGGCAGUCGUGGCCAAUCUCGAAGACAUUACCAGUGCCUUUGAGCAGCGGGCCAGCGCAUUCAGACUGAGCAUGACCGAGUUCCUGGAAGAGCGCCCCCAGCUGGUGACCCAGCUGGCAGAGUUUGGAGACGUGCUGCGGUUGCUAGAGAAGACACCGCUGCUGCCGUGUCUUUUGGAUGAGAGCAACAUCAUCAGUAGGGACACUCUGCCGGAGGGGGAGACGCUCACCCUGAUGCAGUGGAUCAGUAGCCAGGACCAGCGAAGCACUCUCCAGCAGAUGGCCCAGCAGUGCUCCAAGAGCCUGGAUCAGUUCACCCAGCAGGUUCUUGACGCCAUGUCGGCUGAAAUCAACACCACCCUCGAUGCUGUCAAUAAUGGAAGCAUGAAGGAGGUUAAAGGCCUUGGAGAGAGGUUGUUUGGCUUGGAGCAGCUCCUUACGAGUGCACAUAAGGUGCUUCAAGAGCAAGCAGAGAUGGCUCAGGGAAUGGUUCAGAACCAGACCAGGGCCAGCAACCUGAAUGACGCGUCGGUGCUGCCAGAUCUCUGCAAGAGCCACCAGCAGCAGCUGACGGUGAUGUACAAGAAGCACUGCCAGCUGGCCGAGAUCAGCCGGCGCUGCCAGGUGGCCAAAGAUGAGCUGUGUCACAACCUCCACGUUAGACUCAGGUGGAUCAUGUAUGUUGAGCAGCAGAUCAGCGCCGUGCACAGCAAAAUGCUGGUUUACCACGAGAACUUGAAACGUCUCCGGAAGCGUCUGGAGAUCGUGCGGCAAGUCUACUCGGCCCCCAGGCUCUAUGCCGCUGCUGUCGUGGAGGUGUGGCGACGGAGGACCUUUGCCAGUCACUUCACCACCUGGGCGGGAAAGGUGUGUGAGUCGUCUUUGGCAAGCCACCAAUCAGAGAUGGCCAAGAGACGUGAGUUUGCAACCAGUAUGGAGCGUCACUUCCUUAACGUUCUCUUCCCUGGACUGAUUGGGGAAGUCCCACCUUUAUUUGCGACAACACCUCCAGGGGAUUUUGACACCAGACUGCCAGACAUUACAAAUGAAGACGUCAUUGCUCUUAGAGAAAAGCUUCCAGAAUUGUCCCACAUACUUAAGCUCCAGGAGGAGGACUUGUUGGAAACUGAAGCUGCCUAUCUUCCAAGGAGGUUAAGAGCAGCUUCUUCUGAUGAACAAACCCAGACGAGUAUGAACAUUCUGGAAGUGAAAUCCAAUGACUCUGAGAUCACCAUCUUGAAGGCCGAGCCUGCGGAGGGGGAGGCUACAGAGGAGCUUGCAUCCCUAGAGCCCCAGGAGCUGGGAGGGCCACCACAGAGACCUGACUCCCUGCCGAAUGGGAAGAAAUUUCUCUCUGUGGACUCCAGCAAAGUCAGUAAAAGGUCAACUCCACUUAGUCCCGAUUCACCCCAGUCCUUGUCCUUCCAGCAUGUUGAGACUUUUGUCUCGGCAGCUGCCACUCCAGACUUGGCCCUGAGUCCCCUGGACAUGUCCACCCGUGGGGAGACACCUUUUGCUUCUCUGCUGCCCACUCAGGAGCCCAAUUUCUACUCAGCAGUGACGAGCCCUCUGGACGAUGCAGAGUCGCCGUCAAAGCUCCCCAUCACCGAAGGCUCAACAGCGAUGCUCAUCAAAGAGGUGCAGUCACUCAAGGAGACACUUCAGAUGAAGGAGGCCUGCUUGGAGGAGACUCAGCUGAAAUUAAAGGAGGUGCAGCGUCAGUUGGAGCAGAGAGAGUCAGAACUGGCAUCGGCCAAGGACGAAAAGAGUCUGUACCAAGACAAGUUGAACGUCUCGCACAUGGGAAUCAUGUCUGUUGCACAAAAGCUGGAAACUGCCAUUGCCAAAGUGAGGGAGGAUUGUUCUGAAAUGAGAGAAGCCAUCACACUUGAUAGGACUGCUUUGAGUCAAUCAGUAAUUUCGUGGUUUUCAAAGAUUGAAGGUGUCUGUGAUCAAGUCCAACUACAUGUGACUGGAGAGAAGUCAAAAGCUGUCGAUGCAGCAACUCAGCACCUGCAAAUGAAGUGGGACUCGGAGAGCAAUCAUUUGAAAAUGGAAAUUACGAGAUUGAAUGAACAAAUUGAAACCCUGAAGCAGGAUUGUCAAGAAACUCAAGUGAGAUUAAACGAGAGGGAAAUGGAGCUUGCCAUCCUGAGAGAAAAGAGCUGCAAGGAGCUUGAGUCACUGCGAUGCCAAAUGGAGGUGGAAGCACGUAAGGAGGUGGCUCAGGUUGAGAGCGGAAAGCAAAAGGAGAUCCAGGACCUCCUUGUCACCAUCAAGGAAAAGGAAGAUGCGUUGCAUAUGAUGAGAGAGACUACUGAGGAGGAGAUUGACCUCCUACGGGCGCACUUGACUGCCGAGAAUGAGAAGUGUCUGGACGCCCUGAGAUCAGAACUGACGGAGAAGCACCAAAGAGAGGUGGAAGACAAGCUCCGCCGACUCCAAGACACCCAGCUAGAGGAGUUGGCCGAGUUUAAAAAAACCACAGAACUGAGAGUAGAGGCUGCUUGCAAGGACCUGAGACAAGCCUUAGACAAGGUCAAAGAGGAGGAGCUGUGUGAGUUGAAAGCAAAGAUGGAAGAACACCACAGCAGCAAAAUCUCUGUCCUUUCUGACACCCUGACUGCAAGAAUAGCCGAGAUCAGAAAAGCCCACAAUUGCACAGUAGAAGAGAUCAAGAAGGAGCUGACAUCAGCAAGGAAUCAGCAACAGCAGCUGAUUGAAUCCAGCCAGCUCGGGUUGGCUGAAAUGGAAGAGUCCUUUGUCAUAGAAAAGCAGAGCCCUACCCUGGCCUCUGAGGAGGUGCAGAGAAACCCUCCAGGGCUGCAACCCAGCAACUUGGACCCCCGGGUUUCCAACCCAGAGCGGGAGCAGAUGGUCCUAAUGGCGGAGCGGCAGCAGACUUUCAAUGAGGCGGUGUCCCGGGUUGCCGCCUCCAAGGACAAGACCAUUGAAGACCUGAGGAAGACUGUGGCAGAGCUCAGGGAGCAACAGACCCGCAAUCAAGAUACCAUCGGGAAAUUACUCACUGACAAGGGAGACCUGGACGCCGAGAUGACCAGCGCCCUUCGUGAGGCGCAUAAGUCUCAAAAGAGUCUUCAGGAUGCCAUCGUCAGCAAGGACACCCAGCUAGCGGAGCUGCAGCAGAAACUCCAGGCAGCCGAGAGCAAGAGCUCCAGCCCUGCCGAGCUGUUGGUGUCUAGCGAACGGGACACCAUGAAGGCUUCCUCGGCCACUGAGGGAAGGCUGCAAGCCUUGCUGAAAUCAAAGGAGCAGGAGUGCACCACCCUCAAACACCAAGUGAUGCAGUUGAGAGUCUCACAAGGGUCUACCUCCAGAGCUGAGAAGAUCUCCAUUGUUGACAUCAGCGUCGGCGAUCUGGUGCUGAUCUUCUUUGAAGAGCCCAGGGACAACUACGUCGUCUUCAGCAUCGAGCCGACUCUCUACUUUGUCCACUCGGAGUCUCUACCAGGCUUGGACCUCAAGCGCCACGGCUCUGAUGGCCCAAAGAGACAGUGGAUUAUUGGCAGGGUGAGUGACAAGGAAUACUGCCAAGCCAAGAAGGCAAACAAUCGCUUCAAGGUGGCCAUGGGGACAAAGUUCUACCGAGUAAAAGCCAAGAAGUAUGACCUGCGACAAGAGCACAGUGGGGCCAAGUGAGACAGACAGACACAGAAAGUCUUGCCCCUUAACCCUCCCAGAUCCUACAGAAUCCACCACAAGGUUUUUGGUGGAUUUGUAAGACUGGAGAAGUUAAAGCCCGGCCACUGUUACUUUACGUGGGAUUUGAUUGGCCCCUUGGAAAUGGGAAAGGGGUUUCCCACGCAGUGUGGGAUUUUGAAUGUUUCAACGGGGUUCUUUAUAGCAUCAAUGUCUUGGUUCAAAUUAGCAUCUCGGCUUCUUGCAUGUUUCCCUGACUUGCAUUACGGGCCCAGUCUCCAGACAGUCACAGGUCUGCUGUCCACCUCAAGCUAGAGCACCCCCUCAUCAGUUGAAAAAGAGCCAUGCUGGUCGGGAGUUCUCAUUUUUGUUGGUAGCAACGAGCCAGUAAU